AGGCACGUCAUUGGUGUUGAUUUGUGGUGUGGAAUAAAAUCCCACACGUAAACGUCAUCUUUUUUAGUGGUGAAUUUGGAAAAAUUUGUAAUGUUUUUGAUCAUAUAGUAGAAUCUCUAUUAGUUAUCACCUGCCUGUACUUUCAGCAAAAAUGGUACUUAUAGCUGCAGCAGUCUGCACUAAGGCAGGCAAGACAAUUGUGUCCCGUCAGUUUGUGGAAAUGACCAAAGCGCGCAUCGAAGGAUUACUGGCCGCCUUCCCAAAACUAAUCCCUACAGGAACACAGCAUACUUUUGUUGAAACUGAUUCGGUGCGAUAUGUGUACCAACCACUCGAGCGUCUCUACAUGCUUCUUAUUACUACACGAGCCAGUAACAUACUAGAAGAUUUGGAGACUCUCAGGCUUUUUGCUAGAGUGAUUCCGGAAUAUUGUCGAACAUUAGAAGAAAAUGAAAUAGUUGAUAAUGCUUUCAAUCUUAUAUUUGCCUUUGAUGAAAUUGUUGCAUUGGGCUAUCGGGAAAGCGUAAACCUGGCCCAAAUUCGAACAUUUGUUGAGAUGGACUCCCAUGAAGAGAAGGUGUACCAAGCUGUUAGACAAACACAAGAAAGGGAAGCAAAGCUCAAAAUGCGUGAGAAAGCGAAAGAACUUCAGCGUCAGAAAAUGGAGGCUGCCAAAAGGGGGAUCAAACCAUCUUUGGGCAACAGCGCCGGUGGUUUUGGAAGUUCGUCGAAUAAUUACACUCCUGCCAUCCCCGUAGAUUUGUCUAGUGUUUCUAAUGACAUAAAACCGCCUUCGUACUCUUCUCCAGUACAAAAACCACGCGGUAUGAAACUGGGCGGCAAAGGUCGCGACGUCGAAUCCUUCGUUGAUCAAUUGAAAUCAGAAGGGGAAAAGGUGGUAACGCCAGUGAUUGCCAGUAUUGCCCAGCAUGGCGCCCGGACACCAGCCAUUAAAAUGGAUGUUGACGACGUACACUUGCGACUGGAAGAAAAGCUUAUAGUCAGGAUGGGCAGAGACGGCGGCGUGCAACAAUUCGAACUUCUUGGAUUGGUGACGUUGCACAUCGGAGACGAAAAGUGGGGCCGCAUACGCAUACAAUUGGAGAAUAACGAUACGCGUGGCGUUCAGCUGCAAACCCACCCGAACGUCGACAAAGAACUCUUCAAAUUACGCUCGCAGAUCGGUUUGAAGCAUCCUUCGAAGCCGUUCCCGUUACAUACUGACGUCGGUGUGUUGAAAUGGCGGCUACAGAGCGUCGAGGAAUCGUUCGUACCACUUUUGAUCAAUUGCUGGCCAUCGGAGGCGGGCGACGGGAGCUGCGACGUCAAUAUCGAGUAUGAACUCGCGCACGCGAAUUUGGAAUUGGCAGACGUUAACGUUCAUAUUCCCUUGCCAAUCGGUUGUUCUCCGGUGGUAGGUGAAUGCGACGGCACAUACACGCACGAGGUAAAGCGCAAUCAGCUCGUCUGGAGUUUACCCCUAAUUGAUUCCGGAAAUAAGACGGGAUCGUUGGAAUUCAACGCCCCGAGGGCGAUACCGACGGACUUUUUCCCGCUGACGGUCACAUUCACCUCGAAAACGUCCUACGCUAGUAUUAAAAUUAUCGACGUGCUGAUGGUAGAUGACGAUUCCCCGGUUAAGCAUUCCGUGGAGUCCGUUCUGUUUCCAGAUAAAUACGAAAUUGUGUAAAGAAAAUAUAUAUAUCAUUCACCUAGUUAGAAACCCAAAACUAUUGUUCUUUUGCGAAUGGAGUAUCUUGUAUAAAAUAUUUACUAAUGUUUUAUUCAAUUAUCUUUUUCAGUUUUGUUUGUACAAAAUUUAUAAGAAUC